CCUGGGACGGCCACCCCCCUUUCUACUCCUCCCCGCCCCCCUGCCAUUGGCUCUCGGUAGAGGUUGACUUCAAAGCCGCGGCCUUAUAUAAGUCGGAGCCCGAAGCCGAGUCCGCAGAAGGGUUAAACAGGUCUUAGGGCAUCGCGUCCGUGCCCCGGACCAAGACCCGCAGGAAAGCUGAGAGCUGCACGUCUGGUCAUUAUCCUUGUCCCCAGACUCCCCUGAAGCCUGCACCUAGCAGGGCGCGGCCCCAGAGCCCACCGGUGGCUUGGGUAGUCUCUGGGGCGCAUGGGGCGGCGUUAAUCGGGCUGGCGGCGCAGGCCAGGAGCCGCUCCAAAAUGAACCUCGUGGGCAGCUACGCACAUCAUCAUCACCAUCACCACGCGCAUCCCACGCACCCCAUGCUCCACGAGCCCUUCCUCUUCGGCCCGGCCUCGCGCUGUCACCAGGAGCGGCCCUACUUCCAGAGCUGGCUGCUGAGCCCGGCUGACGCGGCCCCGGACUUCCCUGCGGGAGGGCCACCGCCCACAGCCGCUGCGGCCGCCGCCACCUACGGUCCUGACGCCAGGCCUGGCCAGAGCCCUGGGAGGCUGGAGGCGCUGGGAGGUCGCCUGGGCCGGCGGAAGGGCUCGGGACCCAAGAAGGAGCGGAGACGCACAGAAAGCAUUAACAGCGCGUUCGCAGAGCUGCGCGAGUGCAUCCCUAACGUGCCGGCUGACACCAAGCUCUCCAAGAUCAAGACUCUGCGUCUGGCCACCAGCUACAUCGCCUACCUGAUGGACGUGCUGGCCAAGGAUGCCCAGGCGGGAGAUCCCGAGGCUUUCAAGGCUGAACUCAAGAAAGUGGAUGGCGGCCGAGAUAGCAAACGGAAAAGGGAGUUGCAGCAAGAAGGCUUCCCUCCGGCUCUGGGCCCUGGAGAGAAGAGGAUGAAAGGGCGCACCGGCUGGCCGCAACAGGUCUGGGCUCUGGAGCUGAACCAGUGAGCUGAGCCCUGAGCCAAGGACCGGCCACAGCUGGCCAACGACCCCAGGGCCUCAGGAACACAGGACGGCGGUGGGCGGCGAAGUCCAGGCUCUGGGUUGCGGCCCGAUUGUGGGAGCCUCAGCCGGUUGCCUGCUGCAACCACACACUUGGAUCGCACGUGCAAUGUCAUUUGAAAUUGUUUUUAAUACAUUAAGAGAAAGAGAAAUAUAUAUAUCUAUAUCUAUAUAUAUCCACCUCCUUCGAGGGCGGUUCUUGGAGGCUCAAGGCAGCAGCAGCAAGGACACUGAGGAGCCAAGCGCCCGAAGAUGCACCCUACCUACCCUUCUGGGGUGAACUGUGACAGCCUAGUGCCAAGGCCAUCCUGCCCUUCUCUUGUCUUUCUCUCCACCCUCGGCUCUUAUUACAACGCAAUAAGAAGAACCCGUGGUUCUGGCUGGGGAAGAGAACCAAAAGCAGGAAGAUGGAGAGUUCCCUUUUGUUGUUUUCCUUUCCGCAGCAGCAUUUUAUUUUAUUUUAUUUUGUGGCUGCAUUUCCUUCUUAGUUCCAAGGGAAACACACACUCUCUUUUCUUAUUCUUUCGCCUUCUAUUUUCUUGGUUCUUUGUAAAUAAAAACUUACCCAUGCUGGGAAGUUUUUAUGUAUUUAAACUACCUAAAGUGCCUGUUGCUCAGGUGUUUGUCUAAUGCCUCCAUGCCCACCCCUUUUCUACCUCAAAACUGUAUGACCACUCACCGUCCUCCCUUUGCCAAAGCAGUAUCUAUGCUCUUGAUUAAUAAAAAAA